GUAUUGAGUUAUUGUUAUUAUUUGUUGUGUUUGUGUUUGUGUUGACUGAAUGACUGUUUGAUUGCAAUAAACAAUAUUUACUUUACAUUACAAUCACUUCGGGAUUUGAUCCGUCAUUAUAUUAAUUGUUGUCUUAAUUAUAACAGUUUGCCGUCAGGUUAGUGAUCAACAAACCGCGCGCGCAAACAAUGGCCAAACGUAAGAGUAAACGAAAGCCCGUGUCGUCGAAAAAACCGACCCAACCGUUGGACAUACAGUUUAACUGUCCGUUUUGUAAUCACGAAAAAUCGUGCGAAGUAAAAAUGGACAGAACCCGCAAUUCGGGCCGCAUUUGGUGUCGUAUUUGUCUCGAAGAGUUUCAGGCGACCAUCAACUACCUGUCCGAACCCAUCGAUGUCUAUUCCGAAUGGAUCGACGCCUGCGAGUCGGCCAACCAGUAAACGGACGGCCAGUGAAUGCCGAGAUUAUAACCGAAGCGAGAGAUAGAGUGAGUGAGUGAUAGAGAGAUCACUAAAAAAAAAUUUAAUGUUAUUUCUGAUAAUUUUUUUUAAAUUAUUAUUAUUAUUAUUACUUCCAUUUCAUUCAAUUAUAUAAU